AUGAUCAAGUCGACGCUGAUAUUCCGCGAAGACGGCCUCCCCCUCUGCUCCUCGGUCGACGACGACACAGACGCGCGGCUCUCCGAGCAGCGCAAGAAGGUCAAGGUGCUCGUGUCGCGGCUCACGCCCAGCUCCGCGGACGAGGCCACCCUGGAGAGCGGCGACUUCGACAUCCACUACACGCGCGCCAGCGGCGUCGCGUACUUCGUCAUCGCCGAGCGCGGGUAUCCGCGCAACCUCGCGUUCUCGUACCUGCGCGAGGUCGCGCAGGAGUUCGAGCACUCCUACGGCCACGAGUACGCCAAGCCGUCCGUGCGGCCCUACGCGUUCGUCACAUUCGACAACUUCCUGCAGAAGACCAAGAAGCUCUACAGCGACAAGCGCGUGCAGAACAACCUGGACCAGCUCAACCAGGACCUCGCGGGCGUCAAGCAGAUCAUGACCAAGAACAUCGAGGACCUGCUGUACCGCGGCGACUCGCUCGACAAGAUGAGCGACCUGAGCGCCUCGCUGAGACAGGACUCCAAGAAGUACCGCCGCUCCGCGCGCCAGAUCAACCUGGAGCUGCUGCUGAGCCAGUACGCGCCCAUCGCGAUCGUCGCGCUGCUGGCCGUGUUCCUGGUGUGGUGGGUGUUCCUGCGCUGA